CCCCAGCUCAGCGGUGUUUGGUGUUGUAGCUGCUGGCCCUGUUGCCACAGUUCCCUUCCCAGCUUCCCGCCACCUCACCAGCUCACCUCCAUUUAUUGUGGCGAGAAACCAGCCGCGCACUCCUCAGUCUCAGCCAACACUACUCGCUAGCAGCUCGCUCGCCGUCACUCGCAUCGAUCACCCUCCGCCAUUUAUGGCGCCACCCCGCCGUCCCGGGGCCGGAGCGGCGCUGCUGCUGCAGCAGCAGCUGGUGGCGGCGGCGGUGCUGCUGCUGACGACAACGGUGGCGGCGUCUCCGCGUGUGCCGGCGGUGAUCGUGUUCGGGGACUCGACGGUGGACACGGGCAACAACAACGUGAUUCCGACGCCGCUUCGCGCCGACUUCCCGCCCUACGGCCGCGACAUGCCGGGGGGGCCGCGCGCGACGGGGCGGUUCGGCAACGGGCGGCUGCCGCCGGACCUCAUCUCGGAGGCGCUGGGCCUGCCGCCGCUUGUGCCGGCGUACCUCGACCCGGCCUACGGUAUCGAUGACUUCGCCCGCGGCGUGUGCUUCGCGUCCGCCGGCACCGGCAUCGACAACGCCACCGCCAGCGUACUGUCAGUGAUCCCGCUGUGGAAGGAGGUGGAGUACUACGCCGAGUACCAGCGCCGCCUCCGCGCGCGCCUCGGCCGGUCCCGCGCCGCCGCCGUCAUCCGCGACGCGCUCCACGUGGUGAGCAUCGGCACCAACGACUUCCUCGAGAACUACUUCCUGCUCGCGACGGGCCGGUUCGCGCAGUUCACGGUGGACGAGUUCGAGGACUUCCUCGUCGCCGGCGCGCGGGAGUUCCUGGCCCGGAUCCACCGCCUCGGCGCGCGGCGGGUCACCUUCGCGGGCCUCGCCGCCAUCGGGUGCCUGCCGCUCGAGCGCACCACCAACGCGCUCCGCGGCGGCGGGUGCGUCGAGGAGUACAACGAGGUGGCCAGGAGGUACAACGCCAAGCUCCAGGACAUGGUGCGCGGGCUCAGGGCCGAGUUCCCCAAGCUCAAGCUCGCGUACAUCUCCGUCUACGAGAGCUUCCUCAACCUCAUCACCGACCCGGCAAAGUUCGGGCUGGAGAACGUGGAGGAGGGGUGCUGCGCGACGGGCAAGUUCGAGAUGGGGUUCAUGUGCAACGACGACGCGCCGCUCACCUGCGACGACGCCGACAAGUUCCUCUUCUGGGACGCGUUCCACCCCACGGAGAAGGUGAACCGCCUCAUGGCAAACCACACGCUAGAAGUCUGCUACCAAGAGGGCGUCCUGUGAUGUCUGGACACAUGAGCAAUUAACGUACGGCCCCUUCGAUUCACACAGGAAAACAAGUUGAGUAUAAUCUAAUCACCAAGGAUUUGUAAUUCACAGUAAUAGAUGAAAGAAUUACGGGGACAAUAUUCUUCGAUUGCCUGAAAGAAAAAAAAUACUCCUAAUACUUGUCACUGUUGACUUUU